AUGCCUAUUAUACAAAAAUUAUUCAACAAUCAUAAAGGAGCAACAUCAAAUGACAAUACAAUUAUUUAUGAUGAAUAUUAUACUGACAAUGAUGGACUAAGUAACGAAAAAACUAAUCACCAAGAAAUGGAUAUUCAGGAUAUUCCAUCCUGUUCUCAGACUUCAACAUGUUCAGUACCAACAUCUGAAACUAGUUCAUGUAUCAGUUUAAAAUCUGAAAAUGUAUUGAAAAACACUAAAAUUGAAAACUUUGUUGACAGGUUUAUAAAUCAGAAAGAAGAGACAGAAAUUUGGGAACUUUUGGCAAAAGCUUGCUAUGCAACAGGAACUCCUCUUAGUUUUACCGAAAAUAUAUAUUUUCAAAGGGCAUUCAAAAAAAUUAGACCAUGUCUGCGAUUACCAUCGCGGUAUCAAUUAACUAACAAUUUAUUAAAUGCUGAAUACAAAAGAAUUGAAAACGUUGUCAAAGAAAAAAUAAAUUCUUCCAAUUAUAUAUCUGUGCAGUUAGAUGGAUGGACUAACAUAAGAUCUGAACCUAUUGUAAAUAUUGUAUUAACUACACCUGAGCCAGUUGUGUAUGAAAUAAUUGAAACUGGAACUAAUAGGCAUUCAGGUGCUUAUAUGGCAUCAAUUAUAGAAAGAAUUGUUUGUGAAAUUGGACCAAAAAAAGUAAUUUCAGUUGUUUCUGAUAACGCUAAAAAUAUGGUAAAAGCUUGGGAUAUAUUUAUAAAAAAUAAUCCAUCAUCACAAAUAUCUUGUGAUAUUAGGAUAUAUUUUUUUGGAUGUGCUGGUCAUGUUUUAAAUUUACUUUGUAAAGAUAUUGUAAAUCUGCCUACAUUUAGAGAAAUUCAAAAUUCAACUAAAAGUAUUAUUAAACAGUUCAAGUACUCUCAUAUACUUAAUGGGUUGCUUAAAGAAAUUCAAUCUGCCGGUAUUAGUACUGAAGUUGUUCAAAAUAGUCAUAAUAUAACAUUGAAACUACCACAAGUAGCAAUUUCAAAUAAAUCAAUAAAUUUAUUAAGUAAAGAAUCAGUAACAAGUAUAUUAGAUAACACAACAUUUUGGGUUCAAGUUGAAACUAUGUACAAUCUUUUAAAACCAGUAGCAAAUUGGAUAUCUAUCUUAGAAUCUGAAACAUGUAAUAUAUCUACAGUUGUUGUAGCGUUUAAUGAAAUUCAGGAAGUUUUUGCAAAACAAAUUCAAUCUUCAACACUUUUAAAAAAAGAGGAAUAUUCUUUAUUACAAAAACUAAAUAACAGGAAGCAUAUGGCGUUGAGAAAAAUUCACUUAGCAGGUCAUCUUCUAGACUCAAUAUAUAAAGGAAAAUUUCUGAAAAACAAUGAAAGUAUUGAUGCUAUAGAGUUUAUAAGUAAUUUGGCGGAGCAUUUACAAAUUAGUAUUCCAGAUAUCAUGUCUGAGCUAGCAGAAUAUCGUACUAAUAGUGGAUUAUGGUCAAAAACCUUUGUUUGGGACAGUUUAAAAGCACACAGUGAUGAGACCAGACUUCAUCCUGUAACAUGGUGGAAAGGAAUAUGUACUUCAGCUAAAAUUUCUUCUAUUGCAGUAGCUAUACUAGAAUGUUCACCGACAUCAGCAUCAACAGAAUGUAGUUUCUCGACAUAUGGUAUUGUUCAUACUGCUAGAAGAAAUAGAUUAACCAAUGACCGAGCGUCUAAACUUGUAUACAUUAAGCACAACUUGAAAAUAGAACAAGGUUUCAAACAAAAUAAAAAUAAAAUAGACUUAUUAAAUACUACCGGUGAGGACUCUUAUGACUUCCCUGAUGCAGUAGAAGAAGAAGAAGAUGAUAGUAUUGUGUAUCCUUCAGACAAUGAGACAGAUGAACUAUUUAACGCAGUCAAUUCAUAUCGCUACUGUCACUGCAAUACCACGUAA